GGCCGCGCGCGAGGGGGCGUGUGAGGCGGCGGCGGUUGGGGGGGUGUAACGGCCGCCAGCGGGUAACAGCCGCUGCCAACCGCCGGGCCAGGCUCGUCCGUCACCGCCGGAGGCACCCUCCGCCUUGCGACAAACCAGCUCCCCCCGUGGAGGGGCCGCCGCUGUCCCGGCCGCUGCAUGGAGCUGUCGGCCAUCGGGGAGCAGGUGUUCGCGGUGGAGAGCAUCCGCAAGAAGCGUGUGCGGAAGGGUAAAGUAGAAUACCUGGUGAAAUGGAAAGGAUGGCCCCCAAAAUACAGCACAUGGGAGCCAGAGGAUCAUAUCUUGGACCCUCGCCUGGUUGUGGCUUAUGAAGAAAAGGAAGAGAGAGACCGUGCAUCAGGGUACAGGAAAAGAGGCCCCAAACCAAAGCGCCUCCUACUGCAGAGGCUGUAUGGCAUGGACUUGAGGAGUGCCCACAAAGGAAAAGAGAAGCUCUGUUUCUCUCUUGCACGGAGGUUUGGAGGAGGAGACAGUAGCCUACCAGCAGCAAAGCCAGGGCAAGCAGAGUUCUCGGAGAAGACUGGGGGAGCAGUCCUGCCAUUCUCUCUCCGGAAGCAACGGAAAAACCAGAAGUACCUGCGACUGUCAAGGAAGAAGUUCCCCCGCAUGGCAAGCCUGGAGAGCCGAAACUGCAGACAUGAGUUCUUCCUGAAUGAUGCAGUGGGCCUGGAGGCUAGGCAGGGCUCUGAGGACUGGGAGACCAUGCAGCACACCAGCAAAGAAGCAGACGUGGAUGGCAGUCUCCCUUGGAUUCCCACUGUGCCCCCCAGCGAGGUGACAGUGACGGACAUCACAGCAAACUCCAUUACCGUCACUUUCAGAGAAGCACAAGUGGCUGAGGGCUUCUUCCGAGACCGGAGUGCUCAGUUCUGAACCUCCAUUUUCAGUGCUCCGCAAUACGAGUGCUUUUCGGGUGGGGCUAGGGAAGGGUUAUUUUAUCCCUUAAGAAAAAAAAUAAUCCAAACUGUCUCCUCUUAAAAUGUUUACAGAGACCUUUUUUUUUUUUUUUUUUCUUUUUUACCCCUUUCAGAUAGGCAAAAAAGGGCAGCACAGGGGGGGUGUGUUUGUCAUUGCUUUGUCCAUCUGAGAAACUGACAGCCCUGUCCCUGGCAAAGAUGCCCCUCCUAGAUGUGAAAGCAGCAAGCUGAACAAUUCUCCUUUUAUCCUGUUAAGUGGCAGCAGCUGCAUUUGUGAGGAGAGGGCAUGUGGAGGUGGAAAGAGAGCUGGUUCUCUAGCCUGCUGCCUUGUUCUGCAAUUGAUAUCCCUUAGAUAAAGAUAUUUCUCUGUUCAUUACUCUUCCCACCUUCCUCCUCCCUCUCUUCCUGCAGCAGUGAGAGGCGAUGAAUCCUACCUGUGUAGAUAACUCCAGCCUGUUAAGACUUUCUCUCCAGCGCUGUUUUCCCUGCGGCCUGCUGUCAGGACAUCAGAUCCAUGUUUGCCUGUCUGUGGUAAGUCAGUCUUUGCAGCAUGGGUCCCUAUAGACAGCAGAAGUUUCUCCCUUUGAUUGUUGAUCAUGCAGAAAGACCUAAAUGCAUCUCUGAAAUCUAGACUGGCAAUGUAAAUUCAAUUUGUCCUCAUUAAAAGCUCAGAAACACAGCACAGUCAGAAAUACUGUUCUGUAUAUGCUAAACAAGAUUUCCAGGCUCAUCUCUGCAGUGUGAGGAAUGCAUUGAAAGUGGAGUGUUCUUACACUUUGCCAAAUUCAGUAUUAAUAACAAAUGCUGUCCUGCAUCUGUGGUAGUAAGCUGGUUGAAAACUGACUUCUCUCCCCUGGGAAGAGGCACUAAUAGGACAACCGAAGCACUGCCAGGCACUGCAAAGAUAUCCAAGAUACUAGCACAGGCCCAGGACACAGGAAUUGGACAGAACUGAGCUACAAAUUGACCCUGAUUAGCAAUAAAUUCAGUUCUUGGAUCCCAUUGAAAGAUCCAAGGUAAACAAGAUGUGGUGAAGGCAUAUAUUAGACUUGAGGACAGGGAAACAAAUCUUAAUUCUUAGCAAUGAGGAUUCUUGGAUUGUACUGCCUGAUUAAUAUUCUCCCUUGACUCCAGUUUCCUCAAAGUAACUGUGAUUCUGUGCUAUUUUACUGACGUAAACUUCCUCUUGGAAAGCUUAAAAAUCUUUGCCAAGGAAAGUGGUCUUCAUUUCAAUAGACCCUGCCUGUACUUGCACUUAAAAAUGCCUUGCAAUGGACACUUUGAGGUUUUUGAAGAAUUGAUGUAUUUUGAGUUGGUAGUUUAGCAUAGCAUCUGUUCUUGCACAUGCACAUUCUCUUCCAUUUUUUAAAGCAAAUUUCAUUUAAGUAACUUAAAAAUUUAAAUAUAGAACUUUUCCUAUGGAAAGUAAAAAAAAAUAAACUAGAGUCUAAGGUUGAAACAGCAGGACAGAGUGCUGCAGGGUAAAAUUGGUUACUGUCAUGGUUACCUUGAAUCCUUUGUUUCCUUUCCCCACACCAUCUAAAGCAUCUCUUCCCUGCUGUGUUUAUUUUCAAUGAAGCUACCAGCCUUCUGUGCUCUAAGAUAAAGACACUUGUGGAAAUCCUCAGUAUGUUACCUUGAAGGGCUUGGUUGAUGGCCUGCAGAAUUUAGGAGCUCUGGGUCUUUUGGUCCUCCAGACAUCAUCUUUUUGCAAAGUGCUUGGACUGCCCCUUGCUUGUUUUGUUUUGCUCUUUUUAAAGCAGGUUUUAUCUCAGAUGGGAUAUGGCAGCUCAGUGCAGAGUUAGGAUUUCCCCAUCCAUCUCAGUGCUGUUUGAGCAGGCUUGUCUUCCACUGUGUCAGUACAGUUUCAGUACUACUGAGGAGAUCUUGAAUAUCUGGAUUAACCUUUUGUCUCUUAAAUGAAAGUGACAUGGGAGUUUUAUUAUGGAGAAAUCAGAGCAAGAAGUGGAAGCUGGGGGGGAUGGCAGCAGGGGGGUGUUAUAUGAUGGUGAGAGGAAGAGUGAGUUGGAAAGCAGCAUGCAAUAACUACCAAGGCCAAAUUGAUGAGGUGAGCACUGAGGCUCAGAGUGUUUGAGUGUAGGUGUCCAGAGCGAAGCUUCUGAAUCUGGAGUUGCACUACAUUAACAGGAUCACUCUCUUUUGCAGGAUGUGGGGUCAGACUGUGGUCAUUGUCACCCACACACACAUCCCCACACACCCUCUUUCCAACACCUGCCAAAUGUACCGAAUCCCUGCAUCUCUCUGUUGCCAUCAGUGGACACACCAUGUGGCCGAGUCCAUUCUUGAGGGUUGUAGCAGGUCAGGUAGUUAUGAAUGCAGAAGCAUAAUAUUUUAAAAUGCUUAUUUUAAAAAAAAAUCUUGAACUCCAGCUAAUCCUGCUAAAUCUUCGUGGCAUUUAUAGGACCUGACUUCUUUAUUGCAAUGCAGCUGCUGCUGCUGCUUUUGUCCUGUCUUCAUCUCGGUGUACAAACACACCAAAAAGCUUCCUAUUUAGUAAGGUUCCUGGAUUUGGCUGAUAUUGGAAGCAAUAUCGAUCCUACAGCAGGAAAGAGCUUUUCCUAAUAAACUGGUUUUCCAUCCUCUGCUUUUCUGUUCACUCACCAGCUGGGACUUCUCAAUGUUUUGUUUUGGCAUUUCUCUUUAAACAUCUUUUCUUCCUUAUGCAGUAGAGUUUGCAAAGACCUGUGCUGGUCUUUCAGAGAGCAUCCACCCCCACAGACGUGUAUCUUAAUCAUUUUUUGGAUCAGGAUAGCUUGUGUUCUGCUGGUGACUAAUCAUCUUGCUACACAAAGUAUUGAAGAGAGUACCUGGCUACUGUGCUGCUUUAUGUACAAGUCAAUGAUGAGUUAACCCUUCCCAAGUUAAGAAGUCACAGGUUGCAUCUGUGUGGGUUUGGUUUGUGUGUGAGGAGGAGUUUAUGGUAGGAAACUAAGCAGUUACUGUAUUGGGGUGGACUGUUUAUUUGGCAUUCAUGAAUUCCUGCUUGACUUAAAGAUAGUUUUGAGAAGAUUUCUCUCUUGGUUUUUUUGUUUUUUUUUUUAACUGUGGCUAUGUUCCAUAUUGUCUGAUGACACUAUUGUAAACUUCCUUGGUAGAGCUGGUCUUCAGGAUCUGUAAAAUUAGCUUUAUUCCACUUCUGCAGGUGUAAACCUUGUAAAACAAGGUUUACUUGUGACCAGAAGAGAGUCUGUCUGGGUUUACUUGUUUCUUCUUCCUAGUACUGUCCAUCUGCCAGUUUGACCCAAAAUCUAACAGUUUAAAUGGGACCUCUUGGGCUAAAAUAUCAUGAAAAUCAGAUGCUGCACUUGGAGCUUUGUUAAGCAUUCCAUUUGAUUCGAAGAGCCAGAAUAGCAUCCAGCUGAAGCUGAGUUUAAUAAUUCUAUUUGAAGCACAAGCUGAGAAUAGAAAUGGGCUAACUCUCCCCUACCUCGUUUGGCUCCAUGGCUGUAAACAAGAAAAGCAGGCUUCAGCCAGCGGAAAUUACUGAAUGGUACACAAAAAAACCCCAAAAAACCCAAACAAACUUCUUGAAGAAGCACUGUUCUAAUAGUUAUUCAUAGAACUGUUUCCAUGUGAGAAUUUAUCAGCCACAUUUGGGCGACAGAAGUUUUUGUUUCCUAAAUCUUGUCACAGUGAACGCACUGUAUAUAUGACAGAACUAAGGGGCUUCAUGAGAUUGGAAAGCCUUUAUUGUUAACACUGUGUUUAAAAAAAAAUACAAAGGAAAGGACUGCCUCUGUUCCUGGAUCAUUAUAAACUAGAUGUUAUUGCUCUGAUAUGUAAGUGAUGCCUUGGAACAGCAAGUUUUAGCACAUAAAUAGUGGCUUUUAGUAGCCUCGUAGCUCCUGCAUGUUCUUUAUUGUCUUGCAUUUGCUUGGGGGCCCUUCUGCUUGUGAAGUCAGACCAAAGUGGGUUUUUUUUACUUUUUCAAGCAAAGCCAGGAUAUUUUUGUGAGAACACCCAAAAGCAGUUCCAUUUGCCAAAAUUAGCCUAAAUUUGUUAGUGAAUUGACCCUUGCUUACAUUGGAGCCUCAGACAGAAAGAGGCUUACUAGGAAGUGAAUGUUUUUUUUGUUGUUAGUGUUGUGAAACUGUCCAGAAUUUUUCUUCUGGUGUAUUGUGACUGAAUGUAUAAAAUUGUUUGUUCACCUCACAGGGUGCCCUUGGCUGCAGUACUGUUUCCUGCUGUAUGGCAGCUAGUGCUGUUUGAUGGUUUCACUGAAAUAGAGACAUGAGGCCUUGCACAGGUCAAAAAAUGGGCAGGUUAGCUCAAGCAAGACUCUUGGUGUUAGCCACAACAGAGGCUGGGGUGCAGCCGCAUCUAUGUAUUUGAGAGAAGCUGAAUCUACCACUGCCUCUACACCCCUUCCUCUCGAGCUUUAAGUUUGUGCUUUCUGAAGCAAGGAAAGUGUAAAAACUUCUUUUUCUAAAGCUAAGCUGGUAUCUACCCAUCAUCUGUUCCUCCCUUGCUUACCUGCAGCAUAGGAUGAUGGCAGUGGGCCCUUGUAUGAAAACAGUAGGGCAGCUGCUUGCCAGGGAAGGGAGGGAAGGAGUUGCCUCAGAAUUAUUUUUGCUUGAUGCUUGUGGACAGAACUUUGGGUGAGCUGGUAGUUGUGAGACAAGGCAUGUUAAAAGUGCAAAUAGCUUGAAGUGAAACAGAUCCCUUGCAUCAGUGAUUGGAUGCCCCUCAAAUAUUGAGUGGGCUCUAUGGAGAGAGAGGUGAUCAGGGCUGCAUUUAUGUGUGUCUUUUACCACAUGGAAAAGCAGGAGAGAUGUAUCCAUUAACAGCUUGUACAGGACAACUUCUACAUGGGUAUGUAUAGCAUUGGCAGGCAUAGGUAAAAGGAACUUUUGUCUUCUGCUGUGCUUAUCUUCAAAACAGGUUGAUCCCAUGGUAAAUUUUUAUCGACACAAUAGCUUAUGAUCAAGAGACCAGGUUGUCCUCUGCCUGCUUGAACCUACUGUCCUUGUAGAGAAAGUGUGAGCCUUCUGGGUGUUGAACUACUUGGAUUGCACUCAAGCAGCUGGUUAAGAUGGGAAGGCCUUACAAAACAGCCCCAGCACAGCUGGAAGGAGAGGGAAGCAAUCACUUAAAAUUUAAUUCAGACCCUUCAAAUCCUUUCCUGUAACAAGCACUUCCUGGAGCAAUGUGCCCUUUUUUUUUCUUUCAGCUCUCUUUUCCUUGCACCCUUAAUUUCUUAAAGUAUAAUGGCUUAGCAGGGAGCAGGUGGGAGAUGGUCCGUAGUUAACUGGGAGUUGUAGAGAGGAUCAGAGCUCAGUGGGAGCACAUAAUGGCUGAUAGGGGAGGAUGAAUUGCUACCAAGUUGGGAUGGGGUAGAAAUUUUGCUGCUGAGGUUGUUCUCACGUGCUGUGGGCUGCUCUGCAAAAGUGCUGGGGGUUCCAGUCUGAAAUUGUGUGGAUGACAUCCAAAAGGGCUGAUUGGAUGUGGAAAGGGAAAGCUCAUAAGACUGUUCAGAACCUCUGUCACAGCUUAUCUCUUUACUGGGGUAGCAGGGUUUUGACUCAGAAGGGGAUUUUGGAGGAAGAGGAAGUGGAAAGCCUUUUCUGUUUUGUUUUUUUUUUUUAAACCAGAAAAAUGUGGUGUCAGCACAAAGCAGCUUUUUGCAAAUCUGUCAAAAUGUUAAGUAGCUUUUUUUUUUCUUUUAAAUCUGGAGUAUUUUUGAAGCACUUUGGAAAUGCAAAGCACUCGGAGUGCUAAGCACUCCUUACCGUCUGUCUAGAAGUGGCAUUUGAAAAGCAAAAGAUGUAUCUGUUUUAGGCUGCUGGCUGCUCCUUAUCGCUUUUCCAGAGCUGCCACCCAGCCCUUUGCCUCCCUCCCAUGGCUGCAGGGAGAGUGUGCUCCACCGUGCCAAGUAAAGGAGAGCUCCCUAAGUGAGGAGAAGAGACUUGCAGGGUCCCUGGCUCACCUUCAGGCUGCAGGUUGUCUUCCUCCUCCCCCCCUUUUUUUUUUUUUUUUCGAGAAAAGGGAAAAAUGAAGUUGUCUCAGCUUGAGUGGUCCUAGUCUGGAACUACGACCACUUAUUCCAGCCCUUGAGACAUCUUCAUAGAGUUUCUGUCUGACAAACUGCACCUUAUUAGCUUAGUUGUGUAACAGGGAGAUAUCUGUCCUCUUUCAGGGAGUGAGAGAGGAAGGGAGGGUGAACCAGGGGCUGUCUUCAGGAGCUGCUGGAUUUUUCCAGAGGCCAGUUCCUCACCUCAUCUCUAGCAGAACAGCAACAAAAGAGCUAAAAUAAUUUAGAUGAAACCUUUGUCCUGUGUAUCUCAAGAAUGUUUUGAGCAGGCUAAGAUGAGAAUCUUUUUUUCCUCACCUAGCAAGCUCCAGAGCUGGGGGAACCCCAAUUUUCUCCCUGGGUUUUCAGCACCAACCUUUACCCUCAGCAUACACACAUCAUUUUCCCUCUUGCACAGUGACUCAUCUGAUUUGUUAUGCUUCCUUUCUGCUGGGGGAUGGGGUAAGUUAGAGGGGAGGGUCCCCAAUUAUUUUUGUUCUUGCCUCUUCAAUUGUUGCUGUUGUUCCUGUCAGCACGCUAGAGUAUCCUAGUCUUUGCACACAGAAAGCUUCCCUUUGCACAGAAUGAGCUUCUAGCUUUUGUACAGACUAACUGAAUGUAUUGGGGGGGAGGGGGGUGGAAUACGGAGUAAACCAAUUCCAAACAAACCAAAUCGGAGUAUAAUGCCUUUUCUGAGUGAGUAUGUGCUUGCAAAAGGAGAUUGUAAUAGCAAAGGGAGGGCUGGCUCAAGGAUAAUUUGACACAAAGUGUGGUUUUAUUUUUGUACUGAUAUGGAUAAGAGACUGUACAGCAUCUAUUUAUUUAGAUGAUUUAUGUGGUAAAUGUUGCAAACAAUAUUAUUAAAAUAUUAAAUAUGAUAACUGACAUUUACCU